AUGAAACGUGAUCUUUACUGCAAGAUUAUGAAGGAGGUUGAGGAGCAUGACCCGUGGUUCCAGCAAAGGAGGAACGCUGCAGGAGAGCUGGGCCUGUCAUCCUUGCAAAAAGUUACUACGGCAUUCUGUAUGCUAGCAUACGAUGCUCCUGCAGAUUCUCUUGACGAGUGCCUCCGGCUAGGAGAGAGCACCAUCAUUGAGAGCAUGAGGCGGUUCGUGCAUGCUGUCGUCGAGGUGUUCGGCGAUGAGUACCUCCGUGCUUCGAAUGAGGUGGACACUGCUCGCUUGCUGGAUAUGAACCAGCGAAGAGGGUUCCUCGAGAUGCUUGGAAGCAUUGAGUGCAUGCAUUGGAGGUGGAAGAACUGUCCGACGGCGUAG